CAUUUUUUUUGUUUCACUAUUCUUAAUAAUUCCCGGAAUUCAUUUCAGUUAGGAAAUAUCUGUUUUCGUACAUUUCUUGCAUUUAUGUUGCGAAGAAAGUAGUACAAUUUUUCCUAUAGUAUCUGAGAUUAUCACUUUUGUUGCAUAACUUUCUUGACUUUAAGAGAGGGAUCACGCCGGUGUUUUGGACAAAAAUGGCAGUAUCUCUGGCAUUUCCGCUCCAGCAAUGUGGUCCAAGAAAGUCACCUCCUUUCAGAGUUUCCGGCAGUGGCGGUGGCGACGGUGGGGUGUUCCCAUCUUUUCUGCCGGAGGAGGUUAACAAAAUCAGAGACCCUUUUGCUAGAACUUUGGCCCAGAGGAUAGAAAGGCUUCCAGUGCAGGUUGGAUUUUCUGAGAGUAGCAUAAUGAGUAGCUGUGUAAUGCCAAGAAUCCGGGGUGAUUCCAAUCCAGUGGUUCUUCUUCAUUGCUUCGAUAGCUCUUGUUUAGAAUGGAGAUCUGCAUAUCCAUUGCUGGAGGACGCUGGAUUGGAGGUUUGGGCUAUCGAUGUUCUUGGAUGGGGUUUUUCUGAUUUAGAAGGACGCCCACCAUGUAAUGUAGCAUCAAAGAGAUACCACCUUUAUCAGCUCUGGAAAUCUCACAUCAAGAGACCGAUGACAUUAGUUGGACCAAGCCUUGGUGCUGCGGUUGCAAUAGAUUUUGCUGUCAAUUUUCCUGAAGCUGUCAAAGAGCUGAUUCUUAUUAAUGCUAAUGUGUACGCAAAUGGCACUGGAGUUCUUACAAAACUACCCAAAUCAGCUGCCUAUGCAAUGGCCUCUUUGCUGAAGAGCACCCCGAUAAGGUGGUAUGCCAAACUACUGGUUUUCAACGGCAUAUCAUUAUCUAGUGUAUUAGAUUAUACCAAUGUGGGGCGCCUGCACUGCCUCUUGCCAUGGUGGGAAGAUGCGACAGUAAAUUUUAUGCUCAGUGGGGGUUAUAAUGUCACUGGCCAAAUAAAACGGGUGAAGCAAAAAGCUCUCCUCAUCUGCAGCGAAUGCGACAAUAUAGUUGACUACAAGCUUGCUGAGAAACUGCGAAACGAACUUCCAAAUGCAACCAUGCGACAGGUUCCGGGCUGCGGUCAUAUGCCUCACAUCGAGAAGCCAUAUGUUAUUGCCAAGUUGAUUGCUGAUUUUGCGCAGGGUGCUUUGAGUAAGGAGAGGCUGCUUUCUCCCAUCGUCGACAGCGUUGCGUGCAACAACUAACAUACUGUGUAUAAUAGGAUUGUUAGAAUUUGCUGCAUUAGAUAUUCGACAAAAUUAAGAUUAUGAAACACCUUUUUAUGUCCAUCUUACCUGGUGUGUGUUGGAAAUGUUCUGUUUGAAGGCACAAGUAACUAAUUGUAUGAUUGGAGCCAUGGACUUUGAGUUUGUAAUAUAUAUUUGAACUUGUUUCCA